CCAUUCCAUCCAUUUUAUCACACAUCUCUCUCUCUCUCUCUCUCUCUCUCACUCUCUCCUCCUAUCUUCUUUGCUUAAACUCAAUUGAUUCAUUCACUCACUCUCUCACACACACUUGUUACAGAUUGGUAAAACACCCAGAUAAUAUGAUAUAUGUGUAUAUAUGAUUAGAUAACAACAAAAAAUGUCUUGUCUGUUGCCUCAGUUCAAGUGCCCGCCGGACACUUUCUCUUUCCAUUCCAAAACCCACACUACUACCCUUCUCUCAAAAAGUAGAGAGCCUAUCUCUCUACGGACACAAUGCAUUUUAUCAACUACGUCAGCACCAUCUUCAACCACAACAACUACAGUGCUUGAUUUGGAGAAACUGCGAUUGAUGUCUUUAGAAGCUCAUUCAAAUCCAGCUGCUGCAGAUAGACCUUGGACGUAUAUAGGGGCAAUCGGUCUCCCUACAGAGGCAAACUUUGGAGUGAGUUUGGCUAAAGAAUCUCUUCUUACAAGUGAAGACGCUAUUAUAGCUGCUGCUGCUGCUGAAGCAGUUGCUCUAGCAAAAGCAGCAGUCAAGGUUGCAAAGGAAGCAGCAAUCAUGGUUGGCUAUAAUAGUUAUACAAAAUUGGAUGGCAAACCUGAAAUUAUCCCAACCGAAGCUGGUACCCUCCUGUUUGAUAGGGCACAGUUUCAAGAAACCGGACUAGUUGGUGUAGCAGUAGGGCCUAGAGAAGCUGAAAAUGGCUUUGGGGAGAACUUUUCAUUGCAAUUCCCCAUUAAAGAAGCUGAUGAUUUGGAGCCAAUGCACGAAGAACUUGAACUUCUGGAGGAACAAAUCUCCAAUAGUAUAGCAGUGAGAUCAAGCCGUCAAACAGAACGAAAAGCCAGAAGAACAAAAGCAGCAGAGAAGGCUGCAGCGAAUGUUGUAUCUGUGAAGUCUGGUUCUACAAGCCGAAAAAAACGCGCCUCUUUACAAGACAUAGACUAUUCUGAUCCAUUGCGUUACUUAAGAGGAACUACCAGUACUUCUAGGCUCCUCACAACUACUGAAGAACAUGAGUUGUCAGAAGGAAUACAGGACCUACUGAAAUUAGAAAGACUUCAAGGUGAGCUCGUUGAACGUUGUGGUGGUCAGCCCACCUUUGCACAGUGGGCUGCUGCAGCAGAUGUUGAUCAGAGGACCCUGAGGAAGCGUUUAGAUUAUGGUUCCCUUUGCAAAGACAAAAUGAUUAAGAGCAACAUAAGGCUUGUUAUUUCAAUUGCAAAAAAUUAUCAGGGAGCUGGAAUGAAUCUCCAAGAUCUUGUUCAGGAAGGAUGUCGAGGCCUUGUAAGAGGUGCAGAAAAGUUUGAUGCUUCAAAGGGCUUCAAGUUCUCAACCUAUGCUCACUGGUGGAUUAAACAGGCUGUUCGGAAAUUUCUUUCUGAUCAGUCCAGGACGAUUCGCUUACCAUUCCACAUGGUUGAGGCAACUUAUAGAGUGAAGGAGGCCAGAAAGAAAUUGUAUAGUGAAAAUGGAAGACAACCUAAUAAUGAAGAAGUUGCCAAGGCAACCGGGCUCUCAAUGAAGAGGCUCCAUGCUGUACUACUAGCCCCUAAAGCUCCAAGGUCUCUUGACCAGAAAAUCGGGAUCAAUCAGAAUCUUAAACCUUCGGAAAUAACUGCAGAUCCUGAAGCAGAAACAGCCGAAGAAUUGUUGACAAAGCAAUUUAUGAAGAAGGACCUGGAGAAGGUGCUCGACACGCUCAACCCGAGGGAGAAGCAGGUUGUCAGAUGGAGGUUCGGCUUGGUGGAUGGAAGAAUGAAGACAUUGCAAGAGAUUGGGGAGCUAAUGGGCGUAAGCAGAGAGAGAAUCAGGCAAAUCGAGUCAUGUGCAUUCCGAAAGUUGAAGAACAAGAGGAGAACCAAACAUUUGCAGCAGUAUUUGAUUCCAUAAAGCCCCACCCAGUUCAAGAAAUCUGAUUUUUUCAAGACCGAAGAACUUAGUAAGGUUACUUGAGCCUCAUAGAGGCUGUAUGUUCCAUUCCUUCUGUUUAUUUCUUCUUUCUGUCCCUUUUCCAGCAAUUUCUCAGAAUAUUAGGAAUUGUUUGUGUAUAGAAACAAAAAUUUUGAAUUAAUGCAAUUUCAAAUUAUUAUUUUUCCA